CUUUUUUUGAACUUCCAACGUCAAUUUAAGUCAACGCGAACUUCGCCCGUCGCGUUCCCACAUGCCCACUCCCAGCAUAGGACACCAUGUCCGUCACUUUACAUACCACGCAAGGUGAUCUCAAAAUCGAGGUCUUCUGCGAGAGCGUGCCCAAGACCGCGGAGAAUUUUUUAGCUCUUUGCGCGUCGAAUUAUUAUGACCAAUCUCCGAUUCACCGCCUGAUUCCGGGCUUCAUGGCUCAGACAGGCGGUCCCGCAAAUCCAAGCCCAGAUAAUCCAAAAGGCGGUCGAUCGAUAUGGGGCGGUACAUUCGAGGACGAGAUUCGCCCAGCUCUAAAACACAAUGCGCGCGGCAUUGUAUCUAUGGCGAACAAAGGCCCAGGUACCAAUGGCUCGCAGUUCUUCGUCAUAUUCGAUAAGGCACCACAUCUAGAUGGCCUCAAUACCGUGUUUGGCAAGCUUAUUGGAGAUGACAGUCUCGUCACACUCGCCAAACUAGAGGCGCUCGAGGUAGAUAAGAAGAAUCGGCCGAAAGAGAAGGUAUUCGUUGAGAAGGUCACUAUGCAUGCCAACCCGCUCGCAGUAUGAAUUCCAAAAGAUAUAUAUCCCCUCCAUGCUAUAUGAGGACUCACAGCCAGAGACUAUGAUCAACAAGGUAUCGAGGGCCUCUAAAUAUUAUAUUUAAGAGGCACCAGUCAUCGAAGAAGUUAAUCAUGACAUUAUAGUCGCCUACUCUACUUCGAUCGCCACCCGCCCUUUCUGUUGCAGAGCUUGCCAAUUCACAGAAUAGGCCCUUCCCCCUUUAUCAAUGUGGCGCAUCACAUAAUGACGCGAGUGUGUCUCGUCAUAUCUCAAGAUCUUGUCCAGAGAUCUUGCUCAUCCCAUAGCACACCUCACGAAGGAAUAUUAGCAGAGCUUUGUACACGAGACUACCAGGCCAUGGAUCGGGGUAUGGAUUGACAUAUCAAGUAUUGUUGGUUAGCGUAAGUCUCAUGAAAUAUUAUGAGGUUCAAAAAGUCCAUAAAUAUCGACUACCUAGUGCCUAACUACCAAGAUCUUUUUAUAUCUAAUCACCUCUCG